UCGGCAUGAGCCUGUCACUUUGACACUGAACGAGGCAGGCUCAGGAGCUUCUGUCGUCUCGUUCAUUUACCCCCCUUUUCGUUUCCAUUUUCCACCUCGUCGAUAACCCGGCAUCAUUUCAUCUCUUCUUUCUCCACAGUACCGUAACUUUCAAAGCUCCUUGUCGCCAUGUACCGGUAUUUCGGGGAGCUGCUGACUCGCGGAGCGGGAAGCGCUCUGGCCUCGGGAUGCGUCGAGUCCGCUCUGCCGGCUUCCUCGUCUCUGCUGCGGGUGCGCCACUACAGCGAUGCCGCCGACAAAGAGGACGACCCCAACUUCUUCAGAAUGGUGGAGGGCUUCUUCGACCGCGGCGCUACUAUAGUCGAAAACAAGCUGGUGGAGGACCUGAAGACCCGGGAGACGCCGGAGCAAAAGAGGAGCCGUGUGCGGGGAAUCCUCAAGAUCAUCAAGCCCUGCAACCACGUCCUGAGCGUGUCCUUCCCCAUCAAGAGAGACAACGGAGAAUGGGAGGUUAUCGAGGGUUACCGGGCACAACACAGCCAACACAGAACUCCAUGCAAAGGGGGUAUCCGAUACAGCAUGGAUGUGUCUGUGGAUGAGGUUAAAGCUUUGGCUUCCUUGAUGACUUACAAGUGUGCUGUUGUAGAUGUACCAUUUGGUGGAGCUAAAGCUGGAGUCAAAAUCAACCCCAGGAAUUACUCUGAUAAUGAGUUGGAGAAAAUCACAAGAAGAUUCACAAUUGAACUGGCCAAAAAGGGAUUCAUUGGACCUGGUAUUGAUGUACCAGCCCCUGACAUGAGCACCGGUGAGAGGGAGAUGUCCUGGAUUGCUGACACCUAUGCUAACACUAUUGCCCAUACAGAUAUCAAUGCCCAUGCCUGUGUGACGGGUAAACCCAUUAGCCAGGGUGGCAUCCACGGGAGAAUCUCAGCCACUGGUCGUGGAGUCUUCCAUGGCAUUGAGAACUUCAUCAAUGAAGCCUCGUACAUGAGCAAACUCGGCCUGACUCCUGGAUUUGCUGACAAAACAUUUAUUAUUCAGGGCUUUGGUAAUGUGGGUCUGCAUUCCAUGCGUUAUCUUCACCGUUAUGGAGCCAAGUGCGUAGGAAUUGCUGAAAUCGACGGCAGCAUCUGGAACCCCAAUGGCAUGGAUCCCAAAGAACUGGAAGACUACAAACUGCAACAUGGCACCAUUGUGGGCUUCCCGAAUUCUCAACCAUAUGAAGGAAACAUUCUGGAAGCUCAGUGUGAUAUUCUCAUCCCUGCAGCUGGAGAGAAACAGCUGACCAGGAAAAAUGCUCACAAUAUCAAAGCUAAGAUUAUUGCUGAAGGUGCUAAUGGUCCCACAACACCCGAUGCUGACAAGAUCUUCAUAGAGAGGAACGUCAUGGUCAUUCCAGACAUGUACCUGAACGCCGGAGGUGUCACAGUCUCCUACUUUGAGUGGCUGAAGAACCUGAACCAUGUCAGCUAUGGUCGCCUGACCUUCAAGUAUGAGAGGGACUCCAACUACCACCUGCUGAUGUCUGUGCAAGAAAGUCUUGAAAGGAAGUUUGGAAAGCAGGGUGGCCCCAUCCCUAUUGUGCCCACUGCUGAUUUCCAGGCUCGUGUUGCUGGAGCUUCUGAGAAGGACAUUGUUCACUCUGGUCUUGCUUACACCAUGGAGAGGUCGGCCAGGCAAAUUAUGCGCACGGCCAACAAGUACAACCUGGGCUUGGAUCUGAGAACAGCGGCUUACGUCAACGCCAUCGAGAAAGUCUUCAAGGUGUACAAUGAGGCUGGUCUGACCUUUACAUAAAUCUCCCUUCACAAAAAAAAGAAAUAAAAACAAGACAAAAACGUCCAUCAACCUCUCAAUCCCCCCCCCCCCCCCCCCUUUUUUUAAUAUAUCAGAGUUUACAUCAUCUUCUCUAUCAUAACCCCAUCAUAUUCCAGAACCUCCAUCCUCGUGAGAAACUCUAGCACGGUUUAUACGGUUUCACUGCUUUGCUGUAUGUGCAAACUGGCGCCCAUAUUCAGGUUUCUCAAGUACGUCUUGUUGUAACUUGUUUAUUUAGCUCCUGGUUUUUGUAUUGAUCUGUGGUAAACUGUUGUGGUCCUCUUCAAAUGCAGCUGUUUUAAAUGUACGUUGAUUUAAUCACUUAAGUUGGUGCGUUUUUGUCCUCUGUCAUGUUUUAUUUACUUUAUACCUACUGUUUGCCGUCACAGACCAUUUUAUCGAUGGUUGUUGCUAAUGAAGUAACGAAGAGCGUUAAAAAUGCCUUACAGUUGCGAGCAGGAGUUUUAUACUCUCACUGUUAGUUCAUAUAAAAGGGAAGCCCAGCCAUUUUGUUUGCCUCAUCUCACUGUUUUUAACCCGGAGACGUAAUGGAGUACUAGCCAGAAAUGUGCUGUACAAUUUAGAUACAGACUUUAUUUUGUAUUAUGAGCAGUUUGUAUCCCUUAACGUUUAGAGAUCUGUUUGUUGUUAGCGUGCGGCUAAUGCUAAAGCUAGAGGAGCCAGGCCGCAUGUGCUUACAUUGGAAGCUGCUCGUCAAACGUAUCUGCACCCACGUCUGGAACUGUGUUUUGGGAAUUUAUAUUGGCUUUUUUUGUUGAGAAUAAAUUCCAGUUAUCAUAA